AUGCGGCGGCCAACACCCCACCAAACCGCCAUCCUCUCCGCCUGCGCCACCCAACCCCUCCAAACCGUCCUCUCCCUCCUCUCAACAUGCCCGGAUCCACCCCCAUCCGCAAAGUGCAUGGCCGACGCCGCCGCCACCCACGGCAACGCCCCCGUCCUGGACCACCUCGUCCGCAGCGGCGCCAUCCACUUCAAGGGCUUCCUCCUCUUCUACUCCGCAGCCGCGCACUCGCGCGCAUGCGUCGAAAUCAUGCUCAGAGACCCCGCGCGCCGCGGCGGCGGCUGCGACAUCAACGACCGCGACGACCGCAUCGGCAACGUGCUCAACUGGGCGCUCGCGGGCCGCCGCGGCUGUCCAGACGCCUUCAUCGCGUGGCUGUUGGCGCGCGGCGCGCGGCCUUGCCGCGGCGACGACGAGCAGGUGCCGCAGCAGGAGUGGACGUUGCGACUGGCGGCGACGCGGGGCUCAGUUGGAAUUAUGCGCAUGCUGGUGGCGCACGGGGCGGGGGCGGAUCAGGUGGAUGCGUCGCGGGCGCUGCAUACGGCUGUGGCGAGGGGGGAGGUGGAGAUGGUGCGGUUUUUGGUGGAGGAGGCCGGGGCGGAUGUGAAUGAGCCGGGGUGGUAUCGGUGGGAGGUUACGGGGUGGAUGAGGGAUCCGGGGACGCCCGUUGCAUAG